AUGUUUUCUUGCUCAAAUGGAAUAGUGCUUGAAGGUAAAGUCUUCCGAAAUUACAGCAAGGAAGAGAGGAUGAAUAAAGUAGAUAAUAUCACUGUGAUGAGAAGCUCCUCACCUUCUGAUAAGCUUCUUCUUGUGCAGUGUUUGAAGGAAAAAGGUAAUGUAGUAGCAAUGGUUGGAUACAAAACGAAUGAUAUUCCAUCAAUAAGAGAAGCUAAUGUGGGAAUUUUGAUGGGGAGCAGUGAGAUCCCCAAACAAUAUUCUGACAUUGUCAUCAUGGAAAGAAAUUUCAGUUUCUUAGUUGAAAUUGUAAGGUGCGGAAGAUGCAUUCAUGACAACAUUCGGGAGUACAUCCAACUUCAGCUCACCCGGAAUAUUGCCGGGCUCUUGAUAACCUCCAUCACAACCGUGUGUCUUGGAUAUUCUCCUAUUACGGCAAUCCAAUUGCUUUGGGCAAACCUUGUUGUUGCCCUUCUUGGAGGUCUUGCACUGCCGACUGAGCCACCAACAGAUCAUCGGAAAUCGAUGAACAAGUGGCCGCCAUUGAGACAAAAUAAACCACUUAUCACAGAGACUAUGUGGGGAAAGCUUUUCAGUCAAACUCUAUAUCAGACUACCAUCUUAGUGACCUUCCAGUUCAAAGGGCAAGCUAUCAUACGAAUCUGUAAUAAUGUUAGUGAAAUCAUGAUUUUCAAUAGUUUUGUUCUCUGUCAAGUAUUUAACCUAGUGAAUGCAAGGGAACCGGAGAAGAAGAAUGUGUUUCGGGGCAUUCAUCGUAACCGAUUGUUUGUGGUGGCUGUGAUCGUUAUUCUUGUACUGCAGUUUGCUUUUAUUGAGAUUGAAAAUAUCCUGGCGGGCAAUGCAAAAUUGAAUUGGGUGCAGUGGGUGGCAUGUCUUGUAGUUUCAUGGGCUAUCGAUUGGGCUACGAAGUGCAUACCAGGCUAUGUCAUGGGAUUGGUUGAGUGGACCAUUCGGCUCAUGUAUUGGAAGCUAGAGUAA